GCGGGCGCUCCGGCGAGCGGAGCGGUGUGGAACUCGGAGCGCGCGAGGUAAAGCGUUGGCGCCGUGCGACCCCGCGUCGGAGUUUUUGGAGUGACCGGACGAAAAUUUACGACGGAGAGAGAGAAGAGAGAGAAGGGCCCAUUCAUAAUAAAGGGAACGGCCGAGCGAGGGAAGAGCACGGAAAGAAAGAGCGCCGCGCACACGGUGGUCGCGGUCUCCAGCCAACGAUCGGCUGCUGCAAGCAUCGUGUUAGAUUAUAAAAUAAAUAUAUAAAGGGUGCGUUACAAUUACAUAGUGUAAAUAAUAUAGUGGUGACACACCUAGUAUAAAUGUAAUUCUCGCCCAAGCACUGCACGCUAUAUAUCGUCAUAUAUACAAAGCAAGCCGUGUAGUUGGACGACAGACCGUGUGGUAAACGCGUCCGCGUGCGUCUGAUGCAAAUCUCUCGCACGUCGCGCGCGAGCUCCGCGCAUCCAGCGGCAGCAGCAGCGGAGAGCGGCGCGGGUAGCCGGAGCCCUCGGCGCGGGAGGGGUGGGGGGGGGGGACCUCGAGAGGAACGAUUCCAGCGGCGGUGUCGGUGGCGACGCACGGGGCACACGCCCCGCACAGCGCAGCAGCAGCGGCAGGAAGCAUGGUGAGCGGAUAACGAGUCGCUGCUAGCAGCAGCAGCAGCAGCAGCGGCAUCAGCAGCAGCAGCGGCGGCAUCAGCAGCAGCAGCGGCGGCAUCAGCAGCAGCAGCAGCGGCGGCAUCAGCAGCAGCUGCAAGCGGCAAAAGCGCAAGCGGAGAGAAUAUCGCAUUCUUCGCCUGCAAAAGUGGAUCCUCCUCUCUCCAGUUCUUCACCAUCGUCGUCGUCGUCACCGUCGUCGUCGUCACCACCAGCCGGACGGCCUGCGAGAUAAUCGCGCUGGACCUAUUAACGGAACGCAGCUAAAUCGCGUUCACGGACGGGGACUCUCUCUGGAGUUGAUGCACCGCAUCGGACGCAAACAUGGGAUGUUCUCUAGAAGUGCUGCUGCUGCUGCUCCACACGAGCCUGCUGUUGGGCUCUGCAGGCGCCGCAGCUCAGUACAGCUCCCAGAGGAUACAAGACGACUGGUGGACCUACAAGGAGAUCCCGAAUGGAAACUUCGUUCCAGGGCCGGCGUUCUGGGGGCUCGUGAACUCCGGCUGGAACUUGUGCUCCGUCGGCAAGAGGCAGUCGCCGGUGGACGUGGAGACGGGACGGAUGAUCUUUGACCCUUUCCUGACCCCGAUGAAGAUCAACACGGGCGGCAGGAAGAUCAGCGGCACCAUGUACAACACGGGCAAGUACAUCUCGCUCCGCCUGGACAAGGAGCACCUGGUGAACGUGUCGGGCGGUCCCAUGACCUACAACCACCGCCUGGAGGAGGUCCGCAUCCACUUCGGCAGCGAGGACAGACAGGGCUCGGAGCACCUCCUCAACGGGCAGGCGUUCCCCGGAGAGGUUCAGCUCAUCCAUUACAACCACGAGUUGUAUCCCAACGCGUCGGAGGCUGCGCGGAACCCCAACGGACUGGUCGCCGUCUCCAUAUUCAUCAAGGUGUCAGAAUCUCCAAAUCAGUUUCUGGAUAAACUCCUGAACCGAGACACUAUCACGAGGAUCACGUACAAGAACGACGCGUACCUGCUGCGCGAGCUCUCGGUGGAGGACGUCUACCCCGAGACGCAGAGCUACAUCACGUACGACGGCUCACUCACCACGCCGCCGUGCCACGAGACCGUCACCUGGAUCAUCAUGAACAAGCCCACGUACAUCACCCGCGUGCAGAUGCACUCGCUGAGGCUCCUGAGCCAGAGUCAGCCGUCGCAGAUUUUCCACAGCAUGUCGGACAACGUGCGCCCGACGCAGGGCCUCAACAACCGAUGCAUCCGCACCAACAUCAACUUCAGCCAGCCCGGGAAGGACUGCCCCAACAAGAAGCCGCAGAAGCUGCAGUACAGAGUUAAUGAAUUGAUUCUGAAAUAAUGAAGAUGUGAGCAACGGCCUUGACUGCAGCACUUUGAAUGUUGUUGAGGCAGAACACCAAUUUACAAAUACUGGACAAAAAAGAUUUUACAGAGCUAAAAGAUAAAAUAUAUACGACAGCUAAUCCCGGCUGUAAUUGUGUACAUUUCGUAAACAAUAAGAAAACUCGGUGCCAGGGCACUGUCCCUGACACUUGCUCGUAAAGCGACGCCACCGCGGCCGACGGGGACCCAUCGCGCCCAUGAAGACGCCACUCGAAGACACGGAUCACCGGAGUCUCGUUGCGAGGAGGGGAGAGGAGGGGCGACGAGUCUCGUGACAGCUACGACGUCCACCACCACCACCGCCACCACGGCGCUGAAAUACCCGGUGCCAUUCCACGAUGCCAGGAACGAUUCACAAAACCCGGCGGUAAUGAAGGCAGAAAGUUCCCGACUUCGAAUACAAAUGCUGCUUGACAAAAGGCGCAUCAAAGGGGCGUUUUGAAGCAGACAAUCCGAGGGAGGAGGAAGUGCGCUCUCCACUUCAAAGGACCUUUACCGGACUAAUGACUGCAUUCUGCCGUUGGGUACGGUGCGAGAGCCGGCACGAUGCGUGCACUUGCAGCGCGGACAGACGCGGGGUUGCUGGGGGCCCACGGUCAUCGCAUGCACACGGACACGCACGCACGCGCACACACUCACUCACACACGCACACGCACGCACACUCACGCACGCACACUCACGCACACGCACACACACACGAACACACGUGCACGCACUCACACACACACUCGAGCUGAUUCAGUCAAAGAGUUCUGUCACAGCCUUUGCUGCCUGGGGGGACUGGGCCUGCGUAAAGCACAUCCCGUCACACACACUCUCGCCAGGGCCUCCACUCACACGUGUGGUGUGUAGAUGUACACUUAGACCACAGUGCAUAUGCGACCAACUUCGGGAAUGCAACGUUAUAUGUACGGUGGGGGACAGGGGUAUGGGGUAGGGGUGCACAGGGGCAUUGUUAUUUUAUUCCCAGCUGGCGAGCGGAGGGAGGAAGCGUCGCGACGGGGCCGCGCUGCGCUCCCACGCGCUCAUGGUCCGCUCCCACGUGCUCAUGGUCCGCUCCCACGUGCUCAUGGUCCGCUCCCCGGCGGGCGGCGUGCGAGCCACCCGGGGGGGGGGGGUCUCCCGAGACGGCUCGGCUGCGCGCAAAUUGUGAAUGCCGCGGUUAUUGUCGUGUGGAUAAUGACGGCGGUGGUAAUUAUUGAUCAAUAUAUUCUGGCAAACAAAAAAUGUGCAGCUCAGCUUCUGUGGCCAGUGCAUUCAUUUUUGAGGCUGCGGUUCAGGCAUAGGUAGCAUUCGACACGCUCCGGUGGCUGCUUGAGGCCAACGGCUUCUGCCUUGUGUACAAUCGCAGAUGAGGUCGAGCGAAGAGGUUGUCGCGUUGGAACGGAGGUAACGGAAGUAAGUUACGGAGCUCGUCAAGUUCAUCGCUUUUUGACAGUUGCCUAAAAGUGUGUUUGUUUUUUAGUCCACACUUGCCCAUUCACUCAAACUCAACAGCCAAAGUAGAAUCUUCUUCAAGAAAGGGCUCAGCCUACAAAGCAAAGCAAUUUUCUUGACCAGAUAUGUUUGUGUGGUUUAAACUAAAUAAAAUAAUUCUAUUGCAAUGGCUGACAAGCCUCUUGGACCUAAUUUGAAUUCAUUCGGACCCUGUCAAGUACAAAGCAAUGGGCAAAACUUUGUCAUUUAUAAAUGUGUUUUUAAGUUGCACAAGUUGUUAUUGUCGUCGUCGUCGUCGUCGUCUCUGUUGGCAUGACAUGAACAGUUUGCAGUUUGCAGCCUCAUGGGGGUGUGCUCGGUGGCGCACAUAAAGUGUCGGAACUAAAAUAGUCUGGGCAUGGGGGCGCACGGGCAGCGCAAUGACUGGCCCAGCCAAGCGAGCUGGGGCCUUGGCAGAGACGCGUGGAUCACCGCUCGUGCUGCUCCAUUGCCUGCCAAGGAGAUACACGUUUGGUCACUUGGCCCAUUCUCCGCAAAGCCACUGACAAUGAAAACAAUCAGGCGGCACUUGUGUGUAAGGUUGUAUCCGACCCCACGGACAUCCAUGGAUUGGCUUUCAUUUACUCCUGCAGAAAAAUGUCGAAAGCAGGUGAUUUUGCAGAAUUCUAUUACCAUGCUCUGCACAAUUUAUUGGAAAGCAGCUUGUAUGACUCGUCCUUGCUGUGUCCGCUUCUCAGCCCCAGCGAUGAUCUUGAAGAUAUUAUUAUCUGAAUUGCUCGAGCGUUACUCCGUCGUCGUUUCAUUGUUUUAUUUUCGCCACGCGCGUCACCGGUGUGCGGCGAUGCCGACGUCGGGGAGGUCGAGUGCCCGAGGGGAACAGGCGCGAUGACGAGACGGUGGUCGUCGUGGCGUGCGGCAUCGUUUAGCCCCAGCGCUGCCGCCUGCGCUCGUGAACGCUUGGAGGCUGCGUGAAGGCUUCGCGUGAGCCCAGCGAGCCCUUGAAUAGGCAGGCCACCCGCAAGGAUUGAAAGAGACAGGCAAAUACUCUGUUAUGUGUCGAAAUGAAUAAGCAGAUAUUGGGAACAUUAUUGCAUGGACCAGUUUAAUAUAUCAAAGUAUUGCGUUGGGGUUUUUUUUUCCUUUCAAUUGCAGCCUAGAAAAGCUUUCGGUCAGUUGGAUAACUUUGAUAUGAAGUAUAUUUUGCGUUUGUUUAUUUAGUUAUGGUGGGCGUGGGCGGCGAGCGGUUGUUCCGUUAAUUUUCAAAGUAUGCCAAUUGUUGACAGUUUCUUUGUUUUCCCGUCUAGUCCAUUUAAGUAUAUUGACUUGAAUUGCAGUGGUGUUCAGGACUAUUAAUCAGACAUGAAUUUAUCUGGAAAUAAAGUACAUUUAAUUUGA